AAGAUUGGCUUAUCUGUCUUGUCCUAGUUUUCUCCGUAAUCAGUUCCUUAACUCAUCAAACUUCUCUGCUUACUAUGGCAAUUCCUAGGAAACACGGAAGGAAAAGAGAAUUCCCUUCCGCUGAUCGGAGAGGCCCGACCCAAGAGCUCUGCAAAUAAUGCAAUGCCAACCCCACCGCUGAUCCUCCGGUCCGCCUCUGAACCGGACAUCUGCGUUCGUUCCGGAACCAUCCCAAACCCGAACUGCUCCUACUGGUCAGCCCCAGCCCCAAAAACGUUAUGGAGGAGAAUGAGCAAGAAGCUCGCCUCAAUCAGAAAAAUAAGGAAAGAGCACUCCAACUGCUCCGACUUGACCGAGGAGAACCUCCAGGAGCACAAUAUAAGACAGGAGAUCAUCCACAGGAGCUCAAAGUGUAGCCCUUACUAUAAAGGACUUCUCGCUUUGGAUAUGGAUAGUUCAGUAGACAUAGGGACAUCCAGUCCCGGGCAAGAGAGCCAUUCCACGACAGUCCACACCUCAAGCACCUCCGUCUCGAGUUUCAUCGUCAAGAUGCGGAGCUUUGGCUCAAGUAAGACGAGGGGAGUCCCUGGCUCAUCAACCCCGACGUCAGCCCAACUGGAAACUACUCUGCUGACGAGGGAGAUAAGUGCGGACAAAAGGACAUUAAAGGACUCGAGCGGCAGAAUUCUAAAGGCCAAAGAGAAGCCAUUGAGGGAGAGAGUAUCAGAAGCUGAUCAGGAACCCGGUGCUGUGCAGAACAUUCGGAAGCCAAGCAAUCCCAGAGCUGCCACCAAAUCUAGGAGGGCCACAUCAAGAGACGAGCAGCACCACUCCUCGAGCAAAGUUACGAUUCGAGUUGAUGAUCGAGAUUCAUCUGAUCGAUCAAUGACAGGGACGGAGUUCGUUUGGGCCUCUAAGUACCGGCCGAAAGCUCUCAAGGACUUCAUAUGCAAUAGAGAUAUUGCGCUGUCGUUGCAGGGCCAGAUAAAAGAUGGGAACUGUGGACAUUUCAUAUUUGAAGGACAACCGGGAGUGGGAAAGAGAACGAUGAUCUGGGCCAUGCUUCGUGAGGUUUUUGGUCCUGACAAAAUCCAGGCGAGGGAGGAAAGAAAGGUUUUCGACUUAGGGGGGGACUCCAGAGGCAGCAUUGAAGUUUCCGUCAGGGAAUCAACCCAACAUGUCGAAGUGAGCGUCUCCAAACUAAAAGGUUACGAGAAACAUAUCAUCGUCGAGCUAAUCAAGGAGACGCAAAGCAAGUCCUCCAACAAAGCACCAGACGAUUGUAGAGCAAUGAUCUUAUACGAAGCAGAUAGGCUAUCAACUGAUGCACUGUUAUACAUAAGGUGGUUAUUGGAGAAGCACAAGAACACAAAGGUUUUCUUCUGCUGCAGUGAUGUCUCGAAGCUUCAACCGAUUAAACCGUUGUGCUCUGUCCUGAAGUUGCUUCCGCCUUCAAGAGAUGAGAUCAUUCAAGUCCUGGAAUUUAUAGCUAAGCAAGAAGGCAUACAUCUGCCUUAUCGACUUGCAGAGAAGAUCGCUGACAGCUCGAAAAACAAUCUCCGACAAGCCAUUCGCUCAUUUGAGGCUACUUGGCAGAAAACCAAUAGGCUCAUGGAAGAUCAAGUGAUUCUGACUGGGUGGGAAGACGAUAUUGCAAUGAUCGCCAAGAAAAUAACACAAGAGCAAAGCUCGAAGCAGUUAUACAAGAUCAGGGGGAAACUUCAACUUCUUUCCGAGCAUAAUGUAUCUCCAGAGUUCAUUUUUGAGUUUCUGGUACAAGAACUGAAGAAGCACUUGGAUGAGCAGCUGCAAGACCGGGUCGAUUGCUUGUUCAAGGAAUAUAAGGGUGAUGAUGGAAGACAAUUUGAAAGCAACAAGCCAAACUGGCCUCGAAAUCCAAAAGAGGAAGCGAGUAAAAGAUGCAAUAGCUCAAUGAAGCGAAACUUUCAGGAUUUCAUGGGAGUCGAAGGUGAAAGUGUCCCAUGGAUGCAUUUUGCAGCAGAAUUCUCCUUUUCCUCUUCUCCUAUUUUACACAUUCUUGUUUCGUUAUUGUCUCGUUCCAGAAUUCAUUGCCCGAUUCAUGAGCUGCUACAAACAUUCGGUCUCCAACAAGAACGAAAACUCGACUACCUUGCAGUCCAUGGGCUAUUCGCAAACACUUGACCAAUCAUGUUGUUGGGGAGAAGAUCAAAAGAAGAGCUAAGCAUCAAAUAAGUGUGGUCGUAGAUCAUCGCAUAGUAAAGUUAUUUUUCAGUGUAUGUUUGUCGAUGUAUGUUUGUGAGGGUGUAAUAGCUACCCGUAGACGAGUAAGGGGGACCUACUUGUUUUUCUUUACCCUCCUUAUUGAUAAGUCGUCUGAAUAAGAUAAUAUUGUUUGUGAGAACAUUAGUGAAGAUCUAAACUUCAGGGGUUGGUUAUGAUAAGAGAUGAAUAUCUACAGCAAGAACACGAUGCCCAUUGGAUUGCCAAAUACCGGGCUUGACUGGAUUAAUCAGAGCAAAUUGGAUUUAUAGAUACUAAGGUGCACUCCGAAAAAAAGAAUAUGAUGGGCCCGAUCAGGUACCCUCGAGACGCUAGGUUGUUGAAUACAAUUCUCUCAAUUUCUUGAGUUUUAAAAUUUUUAGGGAAAAGUACAAAAACUCUAUUGUGGUUUGAGGUCGGGA